CAUGACUCCUUUCUUCAUCGUUGAACACUUUGAACAAUUCAAAUUCCUACCUGAAAUCUCCCAUUUUCCCAAAUCAAAUUUCUGAAACCUCAUAGUUAUUUUUGUUUCUCUAUCAAUGGCGUUCAAAAAAACUCUAGCUCAGCGCCUUUCCAAUGUAUACAAAACAACCGGUUUUUCCAUUUCUGCUUGUCGUAUAUCUUCAUCAUCCAUGUCAGCCAGGAAACUGACCCCUCCUCAUCCUGAUAACAAAAUCGCACCAGAUCCCGGAGAUAAUGGAAUUUUCCGGCGAUUCAUCCACCGUCGGCUCAUUAACACAUCUCUGGCGACCUCACCGGAGCUCCGGUUAUUUCCCACCGGCGAAAGUCUCAUCGAGAAAAUCCGUGAAAUGGACAUUGGCAGAAGUAGGAUCAAACUCGAUGGACUCCUGCCGCCUGAAGAGAUGCGGCCGGAACCGGAGACGGAGGAAACGCCGGAGGGUAAAUUGACCGUGGCAGAUGCGAAGAAGCUGCUAAAAGUAUCACAAUUGGAGAUGUUGAAAUUGAGGCUUAAGCAGAUUGAAAAGAACUGUAUUUCCUACUCGGAAUUUGUUCAGAUCUGCUCUGGAAUUAGUUCGAAUAAUGAUUUAGGCAUCGAAUUCGCGAAGAUUCUAGAUGAUUCUGGAACUGUGCUUGUUCUUGGAAACGUUGUGUUCCUCAGGCCUGAUCAGGUAGUGAAAACUCUACAAAGCCUAUUGCCAAUGCCCGUGACGACGAACCCUAAUGACCCACAAAUGAUGAAGGAGCUCAAUCAAUUGGAAGAGGAAAAAACAGCAAUUGACAAGAAAGCAGAGUCAUUGGUGCGUAGAGAAUUGUGGUUUGGGCUAGGCUACUUUGUCAUUCAAACAGCAGCAUUCAUGAGAUUGACAUUUUGGGAACUCUCAUGGGAUGUCAUGGAACCAAUUUGCUUCUAUGUCACAUCCUUUUACUGCAUGGCUGGUUAUACUUUCUUCCUUAGGACGUCGAAAGAGCCUUCUUUCGAAGGAUUUUUCCAAAGCCGAUUUGUUUCUAAGCAAAAGCGACUAAUGAAGCUUCGGAAUUUCGAUCUUCAAAGGUAUAACGAGCUCAAAAGAGCUUGUUGUCCUCCAUCACCACCGUCGACGCCUCCUGGAAGAACCUUAACGUUUACAUGAACACUUUGCUACGUAGAAGAAUUUAUUUUAGGAAUAGUGAGUAGUAAUAUUUUUAUUAAGAAGGGAAAAAGACACAUUGAUUAGUCUCUCUGUUUUUUUUUUCUUUCUUGGUUUAAUUUUAACUUUCAAUGUAACGGCUAAUGUAUAUGCAAAUGAAGAGGAGUACCAACAAAAAUGUUACCUCCGUGGUGCUUAGUCAGAA